GAAGGCCUGCCUGCUCAAAGUCCUCAUGUCACCCCGCUCCUCUACACACUUCACCGGCGUUCUGUCGAAUCUCACAUCCACUACAAGACCAUGGUGCUUACCUAAUGAACAGCAAGAGGAACUGUCCCUCCCUACCUUCAGGCUCUGGUCAAACCCUACACCAACCCAUCCACUACAAGACCAUGGUGCUUACCUAAUGAACAGCAAGAGGAACUGUCCCUCCCUACCUUCAGGGUAUAGUCAAACCCUACACCAACCCAUCCACUACAAGACCAUGGUGCUUACCUAAUGAACAGCAAGAGGAACUGUCCCUCCCUACCUUCAGGCUCUGGUCAAACCCUACACCAACCCAUCCACUACAAGACCAUGGUGCUUACCUAAUGAACAGCAAGAGGAACUGUCCCUCCCUACCUUCAGGCUAUAGUCAAACCCUACACCAACCCAUCCACUACAAGACCAUGGUGCUUACCUAAUGAACAGCAAGAGGAACUGUCCCUCCCUACCUUCAGGCUCUGGUCAAACCCUACACCAACCCAUCCACUACAAGACCAUGGUGCUUACCUAAUGAACAGCAAGAGGAACUGUCCCUCCCUACCUUCAGGGUAUAGUCAAACCCUACACCAACCCAUCCACUACAAGACCAUGGUGCUUACCCUCUGGUUAAUAUUGUCUGAUAAAUGUGUACAUUGUCAAUGUAAAAUGAGGUAGGCUACAGAGAGGGGUAUGCAGACAUAAUCUACUGGCGCCACCUACUGGCGGGAAGAGUUCAGACCAUCUCUCAGGCCCUUUAUCACUCAGGCCCCCCUAGCAGUAUAGAUAUGGGCCUGAGAGAUAAUGUAUGUUGCAGAGGUUCCCAAUUACAUUCAACCGUGGGACGAUUUUUCCUUGGGCAGAUGGUAUCAGGGGGACCGGAACAGAGUUAUAAAUAAUGUGUACAUUGCAAAUUGACUGCAAUAAUCCCAAACAGAUAAAGUAUUUGACAAAAACAGAAUCAUUUUAAACCUUUCUUAUAGUGAGAUACGAUCACAUAUGCCUGUCUAUUUAUUCGUGGGAAUAGGCCUACUUGGGAACAGAUUAAAAUCACCUUGAGUCGAUUUAUGUCCAACAACGAAAUUUAUAGAUUUAUGUAUUGAUUUUUGCUCAGAAAAUAAAACCCUCGGGCCGCCUGCUGGGGAACCAUGCUCUAUUCAGGCUACAAGCUCUGAAGCGAGAUGUUCCCGCAUCAGGCUGCGUGCACAUCAGCCUGUCGAAAGAAACUCAUGCAGAGAUUCUAUAAUUCUGAUGAUAUGAAGAGAGAGGGUCGGAUGCACGCACGGUCACCGAAGACUGGAAAAUAAAAUAUAUAACGGGCGAGCGAGCGAGCGAGGGUCCAGGCGUGCAUGCACUGGUCUUGCCUACCCUACCGCAAGGCUUCUUUGCGCCACAAUAAAAUAGCUGGGGGAUGCACAGAGACAGCACGAAUACAGCGGUAGCAUGACGCGGGACUGAAUCGAUAUAUUUCCCCUAGAAAAACCAGUCAAGACAUUGGGUCGGCUAUCAUUUGAGUGUAAAGGUCGUCGAAUAGCCUAGGUAAUUUAUUAUCGAGAAGAUGAGUGUAAACCAGACUGGGUAUGAUGAUAUUUCUAGAGUGGAUGGUGGAACUGUGACGGGCGGCCUCAACGUCAGUGGUGCCCCGAAGCUGCAACAGUGUGCUCAGCCUCCCGCUAAUCGACCCAAGGAUGCCCGGCACCAGCAACAUAGCAGCCGGCAGCACCAGCACGGCGGUGUACCUGUCAAACCGCCUUAUUCCGGACGGUCCGAACCCGCGGACGUUGUGAAGCGCGCCAUCGACUUCAAGACGCAAGGAACACAGUGUUACAAGGAUAAGAAGUACCGGGAGGCGAUUGGCAAGUACCACCGUGCUUUAUUAGAGAUGAAGGGGUUGUGCCGGGUGCUGGGAGACCCUGAUGCCAGCUCUAAGUCUCCUUCCUCUGUGCUGCCUACUAUGACCAAAUCAGACAGCCUGACGGACGAGCAGAAAGGUGCCAUGGAGAUCGCUGAGCUGGAGUGUUACAACAGUCUGGCAGCGUGCCUGUUGCAGAUGGAGCUGGUCAACUAUGAGCGUGUGAAGGAGUAUUGUCUGAAGGUGCUGCGUAAGGAAGGGGACCACUUCAAGGCUUUGUACCGCUCUGGGGUGGCCUACUAUCACCUAGGAGACUUCCACAAGGCCCUUCACUACCUCAAGGAGUCCCACAAACAGCAGCCAGCAGACACCAAUGUUCUCCGUUACAUCCAGCUGACUGAGAUGAAGAUCCGUCGUUCUGCCCAGAGGGAGAAGAAAGAAACCACAUAAACAACCAACUAAAUCAAUUUCUGUUUUAAUAACUCACUUCUCACUUCACGUAAAAUGUGUGCUUUCUUCAUGUGCCACCCAGACCUAGUACACCACAAGUCUUGGGCCGGGAUUCAAUCCGAAACCGCGCUUGACAUUUUUUGGGGUAAUUUCCAAUUGAGCCGACAUCUGCAGUGCUCACCUUGAAUGCAAUAUCUGUAAAUGUGGUAACAUGACCUUUUAAAAGCUGCAUUGUACAAGCGUGCUUGGUUUGAAUCCCGGCCUUGGUGUUUUAAAGGAUAUUUACAGAUAUGCUUUAGCACAGCCACUUUUAUCCAUCUUCUUAUUAUUAUAAUGCACAUCACUGCCAGUCCAAAACAUUGCACAAAGUGUAAAUAAGGCCAACAACACUUGCACAGCCACUUUUAUCCAUCUUCUUAUUCUUCCUGACAAUUAUGUGAUUCAUACCAAUGGGCGUAUUUUACUACUAUACACAAAACGACUAUAUGUCGUAUAGAGAUACAGUUCAUACAACUGAAAUGGCGCAGCUGCCGUUCGGUGAUGGUCAACAUCUCCAAAGUUUAUGUCUAUGACUAAGUUGGUCAACACGGAAUCAGAUGGAUAAUGCACAUCACUGCCAGUCCAAAACAUUGCACAAAGUGUAAAUAAGGCCAACAACACUUCUGAUGGUGACAGAGUAACAGAAAACACUGAAUGAAGCAUUUGGCUGUAAGUGACUGUACACAAGAUGUGUUUCUAACACCUGGGGCCCCUGGUUUAUACCUGGUUCUACCAUGUGUUCUUUGUCCAGAUCUUGUCCACAUUCCAAUGUUGCCCACAUUUUUAGACAAGUGUAGACAAUUAAAAUAGCAUUGAUAUUGUGAUUAGAUCUUCUCCGGAGGUAGUCCGGAUCGUGUCUACACUUGAACACUUAUAGUGGACAUGUUAGGAAGCCCAGAGGGCUGCUGUCUGGUCAUGUCUACACUUGACACUUACAUGCGACUUCUGCUAUCAGAAUACGAAGCUCGGAUUUAAAAGACGGGUCUAGACGCACAAAAGUGGCUUUGUGGUCUGAUUGUGUUCAGAUCAGACUGACCACUUCAGGAUGGUGUUCAGAUCAGACUGACCACUUCAGGAUGGUGUUCAGAUCAGACUGACCACUUCAGGAUUGUGUUCAGAUCAGACUGACCACUUCAGGAUGGUGUUCAGAUCAGACUGACCACUUCAGGAUGGUAUUCAGAUCAGACUGACCACUUCAGGAUGGUGUUCAGAUCAGACUGACCACUUCAGGAUUGUGUUCAGAUCAGACUGACCACUUCAGGAUGGUGUUCAGAUCAGACUGACCACUUCAGGGGAUUUCUCCUCAGUGUGGACGUAAUCAGGCUACAGUGGGAGACGUCAUCAGCACUCCUCCCACAAGUCUCCGGAAAACAUAUGUUUUGGGACCGAAAGGUUUUUCUUUUCAUUAUAACUUCGGAGGAAAUUUGUUUUUAGCGUGUGAGGAACGUGUUUGCUGUCUUCAUAAAUAGCUAAUAUUUGUAGAUUUUUUGUGUGGGGGGUGAGAGUCAUACGAACCCUUUUGCAAACCCUUUUAGCGUUGCUUGUGAGAUUCCUGGCUAGCUACAGAGGUUAGCGGGCUAGUUAGCUACUGACAUCAGUUGUUGUGUUGUUAUCAUAUUUUGCCUAUUCCACCAUUUGGAGAAUUUGAAUAUGGUGCAGGAAAAAGGAAUCUGGACACACUAUGGACACGGUAGACACAUUUAAAUGUAGAGGUGUAGACGCAUGACGCUUUCGGAAUUCCGUGAUCAGAACUCUGUGAUCAGAACUCCGUGAUCAGAAUUCCGUGAUCAGAACUCAGUGAUCAGAACUCAGUGAUCAGAAUUCAGUGAUCAGAACUCAGUGAUCAGAAUUCAGUGAUCAGAAUAAUAAAGCUGCAUGAACUGUGAAGUCUAGACGUGGCCUCAGACAGGCAUUGUGUCCGGAUAUCUUACAAAUGUAGACAGACCUGGAUUUAAAAAAUAAUAAAAAGUUAGUUUUUUAAUUUUGACCUCUUUUUCUCCGACAAUUGGUAGUUACAGUCUUUUCCCAUCGCUGCUACUCCUGUACGGAGGCGAAGGUCGAGAGCAGUGCGUCCUCCGAAACACAACCCUGCCAAGCCACACUGUCCCACUUAACCCGGAAGCCAGCCGCACCAAUGUGUGGUAGGAAACACCGCCCGGCCCGCCACAGGACUCGCUAGUGCGCGAUGGGACAAGGACAACCCGGACGACGCUGGGCCAAUUGUGCACCUACCCGGGUCUGUAGUGACACCUUAGACCACUGUGCCACUCGGGAACCCCGAGGUAUAAACAAGGCUAAGGAAUCACUUUUUCCCCAACCUCGCACUGUUAGAAACCGAGCUAACACUUGUUUUAGUUUUUAUAUUUAUAGAUUAUUUAGUUUUGAAAAUCUUUGGGUCUUACCGUUACCUAUAAUAGAUAUAUAAAGACUAUAUUUAUAGAUUGAAUUGAACCGUGUUUACGUUGUAAGGGCACAUAUUUGCUCGUUGUCAUGACACUUUUAAAAAAAGCAUGUCACAAAAUAUGAUAAAAGGCUUACUUUAUAAAAGA